AUGGAAAUCCUUCAAAACCCACUGGCCACUGCCACACGACAAAACUGGUAUCCAAUGCCAGGCAGUUCCGCCCUCAUCGCUAACACAUUUCACCAGCCGGUUAUGUAUUACACCCCUGCGGAAGCAUUGGCAUGCCCCACAUACCCUUUUUUCACGGCUCCUCCACCUGAAAUCAAACCAAUUACCAUCGCUUUUGUCUUCAACAAUCACUAUGUGUCCCUAGAACUGAGUUUUAGCGAUGAUCUUCCAAUACCCAACCUAUGCUCUGAAUGGUCCCAAUUGCACGACAACGCCGCGGAUACAUGGACCGGAAUGUAUGAACAAAACUUUUUGGUAUUCAAGAAUAUUGCUAAGGAGAUCAGGACAGAACGUAACAAGCGCCGGGAUGAAACUGAUGGCCCAUCUCAGUGUGUGACAAUUGACAUAUCCAGUCCACUCACCAGUCCAAGUCCUAGUAGCUCAAGUAGAUCAAGUAGCUCUAGUAGCUCUAGCAGUUCUGAUUCUGAUUUUUCGUAG